AAUAUUUUUCCCAGGCUGGCUAUUGCGUCCUCCGCUUUGUCUGUGGAGCACUUGGAGACAUCUAGUUACAGCGUUCUCAUCCCUUCAACAUCUCGAAAUGGAGGGUUCACCGAGGUAUCGCUGCGGUUCUUGUGAGCUAAACGGUCUUACCACAAAAAGCCUCACAAAAGCAGAAAAGCUUUGGAAGCACUUCAGAAACGCCCAUGGUUGUUCAGGAGACGUUGACUUCCGCGACUACCGUUGUUGUCAUAAGCUCUGUUUCGAAGCAGAAUCUUUUAGUGGUUUGUUCUUCAUAUCGCAAAAUGAGCUAGCGAAGCAUGCUAGGCUUCAGCAUCCAGAGGGGCCAGAGAUUCACAAGAUCGAUCCUCCAUGUCACCCUGACAAACCAAGCGUCCAUAGGAGGCUUUCUUUUGACCACUGUUCUGCAUCUGAGGCUAAACGCUCGAACACACCAGGCAGCGAUUUCGGACAGGCGGCGACCACGGCAUUGCUCACUGACAACGAACACGAAUUGGAGAAACAGGGCGCCGUGAAAGAGGAUUUCCAGCGUUGUAUGAAAAUUUUGGAUGCGAACGACGAUUUUCAAUUCGCUAUCGCGCUCUUGGAUACACAAUGCCAACGGGGCAAUUGGAUUUCGGAGCGCUUACUCGGCCGGCUCGGGCUUAGCCAUCUCAUAUCAAAAUCCACUGUUACCCUGGAUAUGAGAAGCGCAUCAGGACAUCGCGUGGAAAGCCGAGGCACCAUCCGUCUGCAAUGGAAGUGGCAUCCAAAUGGAACUUGCAUCAAACACGAAACGUUCUACAUUUUAGGGGACGUAACGGAAAUUGAUGUCGUGAUAGGGAGAGAUUACAUAGUCAAGCAUGGCUUGCUGAGGCCUGACCCUGCUGCGUUCAUGCCCCUGAUCCAGCAUGAGAAGACUACCGAAGCGGACAAAGCUCAAAUUGCGUCGUUGGAAGAGAAACAACGCCAGGACAAGGCGGCUCUCGCAGCUCGCGCAGCUCAACGAGCGGCUGCGCAACAAGCCGCGCAACAGGCCCAGCAAUCGGCAAAUUCGCAGGGCUGAUGGUCAUGCACGACGGCCCCUUCACGUCAACCAUAUCAGGCAGCGAUAGUCGGCCUAAAGCGCGCCCGUCCUACAAUACCGUCCCUAUCGAAGCGCUCGUCGUCCCUACGAACACAAGCCGCACGGCCGCGAAG